AUGCCCUGGUUGAUGAAAGCCGAGCCCGAUUCGAGGAUAGUCAAGGGCAAAGAUGUAAAGUUCUCGGUAGAUGAUUUUGAGAAGAUAGGAACUUCACCAUGGGACGGAGUUAGGAAUCACGAAGCGAAGAAGAUCAUGAAAGAGCGUAUGAAACUAGGUGACCAGGUACUGUUCUACCAUAGUAAUUGUAAAGUCCCAGGGGUAUUCGCAAUUGCAGAGAUAGCGAAAGAAGGAUAUCCAGAUUAUACAGCUUGGGAUCCUAAACAUCCGUAUCAUGAUCCUAAAUCGAAGGAAGAUGAUCCAACAUGGUAUAUGGUCGACGUAGGAUUUAUUCGUCGUCUCGCUCAUCCACCAACUCUACAACUAAUCAAACAUCUCGCCACCCUCUCUCCUUCAUCCGCUUUACCGAAAGAGAUAUCGUAUAUAGGUAAAGAUGGGUUGGAAGCUAUACGGUCUAUGCAACUUGUCAAUCGAGGGAGAUUAAGUGUUCAACCUGUCGAACAACUGGCUUUCGAGAGUAUAGUCAAAUUGGGACAACAUGGAGGAUGGGAGGAUCUAAUCGAUCAGAAACAAAAAGGAAAAUCGAAGUCGUCGACGCCGGCCAUGAAGAAAAGCAAAGGUGAUGCAGAUGCGAUUCAAAAGCCUAAACCGAGUGUCACGACGGACUCUACAAAGAAAGAAAGACCAGCGUCAGUGACCAAGAGGUCGGAACCUCCAAGUAAGAAGGGUGCUAAGCAGAGAGAUCCUCCGUCGGGUGGCAGUCAAGGGGAAAGAAGGAGUAAGAGGAUAAAAGUGAAUUAA